AUGCAGCAGCUCAGCCUCAUGGACACGGGCCAACCGACUCGAGAUCCAGACACCUUCAUGCAGGUCGAGGACGGGCAUGACGUCUUGACCGGCAUCGCGUCCAAGGACAAGAACGUCACCCACUUUGGCCGCCCCGACUGGUCUGCUGAGCUGGCGCGCAUUGGCCGAGCCCACCGGGGCAGCGAAGUCGGCGUCUUCCUCUGCGGCCCGCAGCCACUCAAUCGAACGGUGGGCGCCGCCUGCCACGCCUUCAACCAGGCGCAGACGGACGGCACAGCGUUCUCGUACCACUCGGAGAAGUUCUAAUCCGGCUGUAACUUAUCUCUCAACACGUAACAAACUAGUAAUUAUUGUCCAUCCG